AUGAGAAGAUUAGGUGUAACAAAAAAAGAAAGCUCCUCUCUGAAUGACUAAAUGCGUGAUUUUAAAGAGAUUAAAGAUAAAGAUAAAGAUGAUUUGAAUAAUCUUUCGUUUUCAUUUGAUAAAUCAAACCAUGAAAAUACUUUACCAGGAUUGAAAAACACCUACAAAAGUAAAUCUGAUGUCGAAAAAAAUGAAGAGUCUCUAAAUAUCUCUAAAAACUAGUUGAUACCAAUAGAUGAAUAGAGCUUUAGGAUGUGUAUAUAAAAUAAUGCUUAAAGCUAACUGAAUCAAUAUCAAUUAUCUUUUUCAUAAAAUACCAUAUAGCUUCCCAAAAACACAAGUAUUUAACUUUGUGAAUAAAAAUUAAAUAAAAGACAAAACUGUAAUGUUUUAGAGGGGUCUUUAUAUGAUAAAAAGAAGAAAAGUAUUUUAGCUUAAACUAUUUAGCUGCCCUAAACUCCUUAAAAAAAUAGUUUUUCAAGCAAAAUAGAUUAGCAUUAAAAGCAAAAGCAAAUUAGAAGUUCCAUAGAUAAAAGAAGCCACGAAAUAAUUGAAACAACAAAUUUCUUCUUUUUUAAAAAGACCAAUAUGGUAAAAAAAUUUAUCAACAAUAUGUUGCAGUACACAUAAAGUUAUAACUUCAAAAACUUAACCCAAAAGUAGUUUGAAAUAUUAAACGAUUAAAGCUCAGAUUAUCACUAUUAUCAGUAAAGAAGCCUUAUCCAUAAAAAGGAACAUAGUAUUUCUACUCAUUACUUGACAAAAUUUUCCUAAUUGUUGAGGCAUUACCUUAUUGCAAGCGAAAAUCUUAUCCUUUCUCCUGUAAUUGUUUUCUUGUAAAAUAAACCAAUUAAAAAGUUUUUUGGUAAAAAUAAUUUAGGACUCAAUGUUUUUUAUUGUUUGGGAUAUACUAACAAUGAUUUUUUGGAUAGCUAUAGUGUUUUAUGUACCUUUUAGAGUAAAUUUUGA